AUGGGCAAGUCACCUGCGAUGUCGCAGCCUUCCAGUGUGCUCACUGCUGACAAGGACGGCUGGUAUAGGCCAGCCGUCAAUACAGACGCAGGAGUCCAGUCAACUUUUAUGGCUCUGCGGAAUGACUUGGCAGAGGAAUUCACCGUAGAGAGAAUGCUCUGUCCCCACCCUACAAUUCCCAGGUCGUUCAUAGAUUCUCGCGAGGGACUCGCCGCCAGCACUCAUAUGGAUGAAGUGCAGCCUGCUCCCCUUCAGGUGGAUAAGGCACAAGGCACUCCUCCUGGCUUGGAUGGUUCAGUCCCUCAGCUAGGGUCUGUCAGUCCUAAAUCCCUGCCUUUGCUUGCCCCUACGCAUCACAUUGAGCCACGGCAACCUACUCCGCCCCCUGUGAACAUUGGAGGAAUGGCAAAGGAAUCCCUGGCGCCUGCGCUGACAGUUGAGGUCACAGCCAUGCAACAGCUGGUCGAAUUUAUUGGCCUCACUGUCGAUCAAUCGGUGCAGAAGGCACUUUCCAACUUCACUCCGGUACUCGAAUGCCAGAACGAGAUCAUUAGGCAGUUGGCCCCUCUGGCUACGCUUUUACCGUCGGUGCGGGCAUCGACAUCUGCCAAGAAUGAAGGGCGGUCCACUGUCUCCCACUCCAUGCCGAAUGGUGAAUAUGAUGGCAGAGAGGAGGAUAACGACGAUUGCGAUGAUGCACUGAUCUCGCGUGUCAAGCACUCCAGAGGAGAAUGUGAUAACGUCUUUCAUGAUUGCUUUCGAGAAUACCUGAAGGUGAAAGGUCUUCUACCGAAGGCUCGAGACAGCCCCCUCUCUCCGGUCCCGAAGCCGGAAAUCAUGCAAGCAUGGCACGAUGGCGAGGGGGAUGGUCCCGAUGUCGCUGCUCCUCUGAUUGAGUGGUCAUUGCCGCUGAGUUCUGCGUGGAACAAGGAGGUGAUCCACAUCGUCACUGAGGAGUUUCUUAAGCAGGUAGCAGGAGGCGAGCACCCACCGCUUGUGUCCGAUCCAGCGUGGACAAUCACAACGGCAUCACAGUGUUGCCUGUGCAAGCUGCAGAAUGGGCCUCACAAGCGAUUCACAGAAGUGGAAUUAAUGGAGGACGAAGAAGUGGAGUCAGCGAGGAACACUGCGAAGAAGCAACAUAGGAAGAACAGUCGCAGGGAGACGAUACGUCAUCUCAGUCUUUGA